CUGAUUACAAUUGUGUGACUGGGUCCUUAGGAGCUGUCAGACAACGCAAACUGGGGGUCGGCGGAAGACUAGAUUUUAUUCCCAGCUGUGUGAACUGACUGCAGUAGCCAAAAUGUUCGAGGAGGCGAGUGAAGUGUUCGAUAACAUGUUCAAAUCCUCAUUUCCCCUUACCUUUAUUGUGUUUAUCCCCGCGGUACUCAUCCUGGUGUCGCCGCUCCCGGCCGAAGCGGCACAUGAGUUCACCGUGUAUCGCAUGCAGCAGUAUGACCUGCAGGGACAGCCCUACGGCACCAGAAACGCCAUCCUGAACACCGAGGCCCGGACUGUGGAGGCGGAGGUACUAAGUCGCCGCUGUGUCAUCAUGCGGCUGGCGGACUUCUCCUACGACAAGUAUCAGAAAGCCUUGCGUCAGUCGGCGGGGGCGGUGGUCAUCGUCCUGCCCCAAAACAUGUCCACCAUGCCGCAGGACAUCGUGCAGCAAUUCAUGGAGCUAGAGCCGGAGAUGUUGUCCACUGAGACCAUCGUCCCUGUCUACUUUGCCAUGGAAGAUGAUGAGCUGCUGUCUAUUUACACCCAAACCCUGACCUCCUCCUCCUCGCAGGGAUCUCUGUCUGCAGCAGAAGUGUUGCUGCAUACGGCCACUGCAAAUGGCUUCCAGAUGGUCACCAGUGGUGCUCAGAGCAAAGCCAUGAGCGACUGGGCCAUCACCAGUCUGGAGGGGCGCCUGGCUGGCGUCGGAGGAGAGGACCUGCCCACAAUAGUUGUGGUGGCCCAUUAUGACUCCUUCGGGGUCGCUCCGUGGCUGUCCUACGGCGCCGACUCAAACGGAAGCGGCGUGUCCAUGCUGCUGGAGCUGGCCCGCCUCUUCUCGAAGCUCUACACCUACAAGAGGACACACGCCGGAUACAACUUGCUGUUCUUUGUAUCUGGUGGAGGGAAGUUCAACUACCAGGGCACCAAACGCUGGCUAGAAGACAAUCUGGACCACACGGACUCCAGCCUGCUGCAGGACAACGUGGCCUUUGUGUUGUGUCUCGACACUUUGGGCAACGGAGACGCUCUGCACCUGCACGUGUCCAAGCCUCCCAAAGAGGGAACUCCUCAGCACGCUUUGCUCAAGGAGCUGGAGAUGGUUGCCGGCAGCCAGUACCCGGGGCUCAAGUUCUCCAUGGUCCACAAGAAAAUCAACCUGGCCGACGACAUGCUGGCCUGGGAGCACGAGCGCUUCGGGAUCCGCCGCCUGCCGGCCUUCACGCUCUCCCACCUGCCCUCGCACCGCCUGGCGCGGCGCUCCAGCAUCAUGGACGUGCGGUCAGUGUCUCCCUUUCCUCGCCACGGAGCGGGAGAGCCCCCUGCUGGGCCUCAUGUUGACAUCCAGAAGCUCGGCAGGAACACCAAAGUGGUGGCAGAGGCGCUCGCCCGAGUCGUCUACAAUCUCACAGAAAAGGGAGCUCCCAGCGACCUGCAGAUCUUCACCGAGCAAAUGAAGGUCCAAGAGGAGCACCUGGCCGCCGUGGUGGACUGGCUCACAGCACAGCCGCGAGCCGCCCAGCUGGUGGACAAGGACAGCAGCGUGGUGUCCACCUUGGAGUACCACCUAGGACGCUACCUCAAAGACGUGAAGAAGCACUACGUCAAAGCAGACAAAAGGGAUCCAGAGUUUGUGUUCUAUGAUCAGCUCAAGCAGACCAUGAAUGCAUACAGGGUAAAGCCGGCCAUCUUUGAUCUGCUGCUGGCCGUCUGCAUUGCUGCAUACCUGGGCGCCAUGUACCUGGCCAUACAGAACUUUGGCGUGUUGUACAGCGUGGCCCGUAGAGUCACACAACCCAAAACCAAGACAAACUAAGACCACACACCUUCUCAACCCACAAACUCUACUCCUAUUUUUUAUUUUAUUUUAUUGGGACGCUCUCAGGAUGUUCCCCCCCCCAACCCUCCAUCCGCCUCUGCUGCACACCUACAAUGAUGUCACAUCCUGUCCUUGCUGCCAACAUCCAAAUCUCACUUCAUACUCACCCCACACACACACCUCUUUUUUUCCCCACGUAAGACAGGGGUGUCCAACGUGCAGCCUGGGGGCCAUUUACGGCACAUUUGUAGAAAUAAAAUGCUACAAUAAAACAGCAAAGAAAAGGCACAAUGUCAAGAGAAAAAGCAUAAAUGGUCAUAUAUUAGAAUUUACAAUAAUAUAUACAGUAUGGAUCACAAUACAACUCAAAUCUUUUUUUUUUGCCAAACAAAAAAUAGAAUACAAAUAUUCUUUCAUAUUUGUCAGUAUGCGGCUCUCGGUGGAAAACGUUUGGGCGCCCAAGUCUGUCUUAGGUAAAUAUGAAUUAUGUUCAUGUCUGUGUCUUCCAUCAGGUUUAUGUCAGAUAUCUCGUGUGUGUGUGUGUGUGUGUGUGUGUGUGUGUGUGUGUGUGUGUGUGUGUGUGUGUGUGUGUGUGAUAGAGACAAGGUGGGACGUACACUAGCGGUCAAAAGUUUGGAGACUCU